AUCGAACGAAACGGAAACAAGUUUUCAGUUGUCAAUUUUCGGGAAAAGGUCCCAAAAUGGCUUCUCUCUGCAGUCGAAUUGCCGUAAAUACAGCUAGAAAAAACGUGCUAUGUACAAGUUACAGGUUUGCCACCAAGGUGACCAUGGGGGACCCCGUGGAGCACGCCACCGGGCUGGAGAAGCGCGAGUUGAUGGCCAAAGUGGCCGGCAAUGAGAACCCUUUCGACCUGAAAGUCAUCAAAAGGGGCCCAGGCACCAAGGAUAAACCCAACGAAAUUCCGUCAGCUUUUGAUGCCAGACUUGUGGGCUGCAUCUGCGAGGAGGAGUCCACCAGCGUCAACUGGAUGUGGCUCUACAAGGGGCAGCCCCGGAGAUGCGAGUGUGGGCACUGGUUCAACUUGGUCCACAAAGCUCCUGUAUAAUCCUGUAAUAUGCUAGUUGCUCUUAAUAGACUAAUAAUAGACAACUUUAUGUAAUAAAUUUAUUUGUUCUUGUGA